UACGCUCGCCGUACCGUGCAGACACUGGCUAACUCGAGAAGGGGACCAUAUGUAAACAAUAGUUACUGCAAUCCCGUAAAUCAAACAUCACAUCACUGUUGCUUAUCAGUCAAGGUGUGGGUUGAGGAGUAAGUUAUCAACGGAGAGGCCCUUCUCGUCUCCGUAACAAGCACUCUCAGUGUGGUUGUUAUACGUUAUUAUUGAAGGGUUGAGUGGAAGGGUUAUCCAUGUGUGAUCAAGUCGUCUCCAUGGAGUAGGCUUCAGGCGUUAGCCAUUGAAUGGACAAGAACUACCUCACUAACACACUGGAGUAUUAUUAUAUACAACAAUUCUAUAUAUUACCAGCAGGACGGACCAUUGCGAUUAGCGUUAUAAACAAUAUACAUUGUACUCACCUCUCGCUGUGCUUAUGUAGUGACCUACUUCAUAUUACCAGAUUUCUGAGUUUUGCAAGAGAGAGCUGGUUUUUCUGGAGCAUUCAUUUAGCCAUCACGACAACCUCAAAAACGUCACUUCUGGCGAUAUUUGCUGAUUUUAAGCGUGCCUCGAGUUGUAUUUCUUACACUUUUUUUGACAUUUCAUAAUUGGACAUUCAAAACAUGGCGAUGCAAAAGUUUCGCGCGAUGGACGAUGGUGAAUUUCAGGAAUCUGGUAAGGUUAGCUUAAACAAACGUAUUCUUUACCUACUAUUGGUUCUGUUAGUAGUGGUUCCGAUCGUUGUAGGGGUCCUUGUGUGGUACCUAGCACCACCGAGGUCAUGUGACAGUUUAUCUAACGUAGAGGGAGAGAGUGGUGCAAACACCGGAUCUGAAGUCACUACCACCACAACAACAACGGAAGUACCGAACUUCGAAAGUGAACCGUGGAAAAAUCUGCGCCUCCCGCGUUAUAUUAUACCCGUGCAUUAUGAUAUCACACUUUACCCGGAUAUAUAUAACGGAAACGGAUGGUUUUAUGGGAACGAAUCUGUAGAAAUCCGCAUCACCAAGGAUACGUCGUAUAUUUUGAUUCAUUAUUACUACAUGAACAUCACGAAGACAAUGCUCAAGAAUAAUUCAAGUGGAGCUACAAUCCCAAUAAAACGGACGUUUUCGUACGCGGAAAACCAAUUCUGGGUUAUCGAGACUGUAUCCCCGUUGCUGAGUGGUGCUGUAGUCCGCCUAGAGACGCAGUACGACGGCUCUCUCACCCGGUCAAUGGUUGGACUCUACAAGAGUCGAUAUGUCAACUCGAUCACGGGGGAAACCAG